AUGUCAUCCCUCGCUACCACCUCCUUGGCGUUACUGCACGGGCAAUUGGCACAAGUCCCCAUCGUCGCUGAAAUGAAGGCCUCGGGCGUCAUCGCAGCAGCUUUGCUGUCCGGUGUUGGAAGCGCUACAUCCAGUCCGGAUUUCACCACCAACCCGGCCGGAAAUCCAUUUGUCCAAGGCUGGUACGCGGACCCGGACAACGAAUUCUACAACGGAGAGUACUGGGUAUACCCUACCUACUCGCACGAGUAUGACGCCCAGACAUUUCUGGACGCCUUUUCCUCGCCUGAUCUCAUCAACUGGACCAAGCAUCCCGACAUCUUAAACACGACCAAUUUCCCGUGGGCAAAGCGCGCUGUCUGGGCGCCGGCGACCAUUGCGCGCAACGGGAAAUACUACCUCUACUUUGGUGCCAAUGACAUUCAGACGAAUGACGAGUACGGCGGCAUCGGUGUGGGCGUGGCAGACCGCCCCGAGGGCCCGUACCUGGACCCUAUUGGCAAGCCUCUCAUCGGCCAGUUCUACAAUGGUGCCCAGCCGAUUGACCAAGACGUUUUUAUCGACGACGACGGCCAGGCGUACAUUUACUACGGCGGUCACGGCCAUGCCAACGUCGCCCGCAUCAACGAGGACAUGGUUAGCGUCGGUACCUUUCCUGACGGCGACCAGUUCAAGGAGAUUACGCCAGAAAACUACGUCGAGGGCCCCCAGAUGUUCAAGCGCAAGGGCAAGUAUUAUCUCUUCUGGAGCGAGGGCGGCUGGACCGGUCCUGACUAUGCCGUGUCCUACGGCAUCGCUGACAACCCGACCGGCCCAUUUAAGCGCUUGGACAAGAUUCUCCAGCAAGACUCGUCGGUGGCCACAGGAUCAGGCCACAAUGCUGUCAUUACCGUGCCUGGCACCGACAUUCACUACAUCGUCUACCACCGGCACCCGCUCGGCAGCACCGAUGGCAACGACCGCCACCUCGCCUACGACCGCCUCUACUUCCGCGACGACGGCACCAUUAAGCCUGUCGUCAUGGGCGUCCAGCACAACUUCAAGGACGGCAAAAUGAUUGGCUGGAGGACCUACGGCGGCGCCUGGGACACGAGCUCCCGCAAGCUCAAGACGACCGUCUCGGACGGGGCCAAGGCGGCCAUCAACACCAACUUUGCCGACCAGUACUUUGCCGUAGACGUGGCUAUUCCCAGCCAGAACGAUGGCGAUGCGGGCCUCAUCUUCCGUGCCGCAAACCUGCAGGAGGGCGCGCAUGCGUAUCGCGGGUACUAUCUGGGCAUUGGCACGAGCGGCAAGAUUGUCAUUGGCCGUGCCGACAAUGGAUGGACCCCGAUUAAGACGGUCAGCGUGCCCAUUCAUACCAAUAGGGUCUAUAAUGUUGCUGUUCGCGCCAUUGGCAGUAAGUUUGACUGCAAGGUGAUGCACGGCCACGACGUCAUUGCCAGUUUUACCGUGUCGGAUGACAAGUUUCAGCACGGCACCAAUGGCGUGCGCGCGUUCCAGACCAAGGCGACCUUUGACAACCUCGAGGUCCGACAUGUUUGA